AUGGCCGGAUCUGCGGCCAUGCCCACCUCUGUGGCUCGCCCCCUAAAGGCUUUCACGACCCUUCAGCCCCGGCCCACACGCCGCACGAGAUGCGCUCCGGAGCGGCCCACCGCCCUGAAUUUUUCAGCAAAGCCCCACCUCCGCUUCAGCAAAGGUGCUAGUGCACCCGUGUCCUCCGAUGGCAUAUGCACCCAGAAAUCCCAGCUCCUGAGCGGGACAGGCAGCCUCAAGGACACCACACAGGCCAGAGAGGACCUGCUCACCAAGAGCGACGAGCAUUUCGCAGAGCUGGGCCUGGCGUUCGAGUGGAGCCUGGCGCCCAACCUGGAUGAGCUCAACGACCUCUUCCAGCGGGUGGGCUUCCCGCGCCGCGACAAGGCCAAGUUCGCCGAGGCGCUGAGCAACACGCAUUGCACGGUGUGGGUGCGUGCAACCCGGAAGUCGCGCAUGGCGCGGGAGGGCCAGCUGCUCGCCUUUGCCCGGGCGACCAGCGACAAGGCCCUGACCGCGACCAUUUGGGACGUGGCGGUCACGCCCGGCUGGCAGCGCAUCGGGCUGGGCAGGGCGCUGGUGGAGCGCUUACUGGAGGCGCUGACGUCGCAGGGCAUCCCCACCAUCACCCUCUACGCCGAGCCGGGGGUUGUGGGCAUGUAUGAGAAGAUGGGCUUCGUGUGCGACCCCCAGGGUGUGAAGGGCCUCGCCUUUCAGCAGAAACGUGGGCGAUGA